UUUCUGUAAACAGCUCCACGACAUCCUCUGAACCAACGGUGAGGAUAUGUCUCUGGAAAAGUGUUCUUCAGAUCAUAUCACAAGGUAUCAAGGAACAUUGUACAGUACUUAAUAGAAAACUCUGAAGAUAGGAGAGAGUUGAUGCUGCUGUGCUCAGCUCAAAGCGUAUGCUGGGUAGAAAUGUAUCCACCUGCCAAAUAGCCAUGUCUCCAGUCGCACCAGAUGCAGUUGUAGUUAUCACUCAAGUGAGACCACAAAAUGAUCAAGGAAAUGGACCUGAGGAAUUGCAGUCUUCCAAUGCUUCAGGCAGCAUUCCCAAACCAGUUGCUGAAUUUUACAAAGGAGAACCUGAAGUUCUCGGGACAACACAAAUAGUUGCAGGAAUCUUUCUCAUAUCUAUUGGCAUUCCUAUGACAAUAGUCAGCACUGAAAUGAUUGCCCUUGUACUUGUGUUAAUUAGCUAUAUCCCGUUUUGGUCUGGAAUUUUGUUUAUUAUUUCUGGAUCACUGUCAGUGGCUGCUUCCAUGAAACCAACCUUGGGAAAGGUACAGGCAAGCUUGGUGAUGAACAUCUUCAGCUCUCUGGUUGCAAUUAGUGGAAUGAUACUUGCUGCUCUAGAUCUUAGUUUUUUGGGAGUAUUUUUUGGCCCAUACGUCCUGCGGCAGUCAUAUUGUGCACAUUAUAAAAGUGAUACCCAGAAGCAAUGCCUGGGAGCCUUCAUACCCAUGCCUGUUUAUAAUGGUGUUGCUGCAUUUUUUUUAAUGCUUUUUACGCUGAUCUUUUGCAUUACCAUAUCCACAAGUGUGUUUGCAUGCAGAACUGCCUGCCGAUCCUCUUUUCAUGAAAAUAUUGUAGUCAUCUAUCAAACCACAUCUUUGAACGUAUCUGAUGCAAACAGAGAUGUUCCUCUUGACUCCACAGCAGCCUUGACGUCUGACCUAAAGGCACAGACAUGAAGUCAUUUGUUUAUGUAAUAUACCGUAACCACUGCAAGAAAAAUACAUUUAAAGGGGUUGUGCCUCAAAUAUAAUUGUAUCCCGCUGUUAUAUCGAUUGCCUCAAAUACUGCCAUUUAUUAAAACUGCCUUAUUCUAAAAUUAUUAGCCUAU